CCUGCAGGUCACGUGAUACAUACAAUCGUCGGCCAUAGUGGGUCAGUGAAUCCUGAUACGAGCUAGAAAAUCUUUUUAAUACCAGAUCAUAUUUGAGAAUGGCAGAUACAUUGAAAUUUGGUCCAGAAUGGCUGCGUGCCCUGUCUGACGGUAACAGUGUGACCACGCCACCCCCCUCGCCCAGCUACCCCAAGUACAAGCUAGCAGACUACCGGUAUGGGCGGGAAGAGUUCCUCGCCUUGUUCCAACCAGAGUACGAGAUACCAGAGGAGCUGCUCCAAUACCCCUCCAUACUGGUGGAGAAAUCUCAGAAACCCAUGGCGCUUAUACCACUCACAGAGGAAGAAAAUCGCAUCAUGUCCCAGUCAGUGAACAGUCUAGCGGUGCUGCGUCUGAUGGGGAGGGGCGGCGGUGGCGUCUCUGGUGGUCCAGGAGGACCGUCCAUGAGAGGUGGACGAGGAGGCUUUGUGGAAAGAGGCCGAGGUCGUGGUCGAGGAAGGGGUGAUGGCUACUACUCCAGAGGACCAUAUGAGGAGGGGGAAGGCGGCCUGGGCAGGGGGAGGCUGCACAGUAGGAGUGACAGCUGGGACGAAGGAAGCAGAGAUCCGAGACCUAGAUUUGAGCGAGGGUUUUCAGCGCGGGGAGCAUAUGAAGAAGGUGAACAGAUAUCUCCCAGGAGAGAUUUCUCGCGCUCUAUGAGCAGUGAUAACUGGCGGGAAGCUAAGAACAUAGCUGAGGAGGAGGGGGAGGGUGGAGACUGGAGAAUGGCCAGGUCUAAGGACAGAUGGGGGACCCGUGGCGGCUGGCGUGGAGGAGAGUACGACUAUGACAGAGCAGAGAGGAACGACAGGGGUUUCUUCAGACAGAACAGUUACGGUGACAGGCCCUAUUACAACCGCCAGAGGAGUGCCAGUGAGUCUUGGGGAGAUGAGGAGGAUGUCCCAGAGUGGGCUGCAGAUGUAGAAGAAGAUAUCGGGACGUUUGAUGCCAGCGGUGCUUUUGUGUCAUUGAAGGAGGCGGAGGAUCAGAAGAAGGCCAUGAAGAAAGGAGAGAAGUUGGGAGAUGGGGAGAAGACCAACGGGGAGGUGAAGGUGUUCAGUGGAAAGGUAGAGACGUCGGAUACAGAGAAUAAUAAAGGUGCCAAAAUGGAGAGUAGUGAGGAAACAAAAGUUAACUCCACAAAAGAGAAAAACAAUAACAAUAAACAAGAGCUUAAAGCAGACACUAAUGAUGCAGAAAAAAGAGAGACCUCAAAAAGGCCAGAAAAUAAUUCACAACCAGAAAGCAAUAACAAGGUUGCCAGCCAAAUCAAUGUUGCCAAUAAGACACAGCCAUUGAAGAAGGGAGGAAAAGACUCUGCUAAUGCCCAGGAAGUGGAUAUUGAUAAAACUAACAAGGCCCCUGAACCUGUUUUAACACCUUCUGAUUCUCUUCCUGUGGCGAUGUCUGUAACCAAGGCAACAGAAUCAGGAGUGGAGGGCAAACAGAAGGUUAACGGGGAGACCAGUGUGGUUGUCACUGCCAAAGCUGAGGACCUGGUGGAGCCAUCUGGUGGCGAUGUGAGUGAAGAGCGACAGAAUGAUCUCCAUGACUUCCAACACUUAGAGGCAGCAGCGGAGAGUUUGGUGGCUACGUGGACAGCAGAGGAGGAUGCCAAAACCCACAGUAAGGCAGCAGUGGACAGUGGUGGUCUUCCCAUUGACCAUGAGGAUGCCAAGAAGUGGUUUUACCGUGACCCCCAGGGGGAGGUGCAGGGUCCGUUUGAGAACUCUGAGAUGGCGGAGUGGUUCAGCGCGGGCUACUUCACCAUGAAUCUACUGGUCAAACGCGGCUGUGACGAGAGGUUUUAUCCGCUGGGAGAGCUGAUCAAGAGAUGGGGGCGUGUGCCUUUCCUGACAGGGCCCUCCCCACCACCCCUGCUGCACUCGGCCUCCCCCACCCCAGAGGGUCAGGUACAGCCACUGCCACAACCCACACAGCAAGAACAGAUAAAGAUGCAACAGCUACUGUUACAACAACAUAUGAUGCAGCAACAGCAUAUCAUGAGACAAAUCCAACUCCAACAGAUAAUCCAAACUCUGCAGCAGCAAGAAGCCUUUGCCAAGCUGUCUCCCGCAGAGCUGCAAGCGCUGGCCAUGCAACUAUUGUUAAAACAACAGCAACAACAGCAGCUGCAGCUGAACCAACUGUCACAGCAGAAAGACAUGCAACUCCAGCUCCAGCAGAUCAUGCUGCAGCUGCAGCAGCAGGAGUUUUUCACCAAGUUGAAUCCUCAGCAGCAGCAGGCGCUGGCUAUGCAGGUCUUGGUGAAACAACAACAACAACAGCAGCAGCAGCAGCAGCAGCAAGAACAGCUUAAACAUCAACAACAACAACAAUCUCAUCAACAGCAGCAACAGGCUGACAAUCAGGCUGAUAUACAAGUCCAGUUACAGCAUAUAGUUCAGAGCCUACAGCAGCAGGAAGCCUACAGCAAGCUGACACCACAGCAGUUACAGGGUCUGGCUCUACAAUUACUGCUUAAACAACAAGUUCUGCAGCAACAACAACAGAAGUUAUCUCCAAGAUCUGUUGCUGAAGGCGCAGGCAGCCAUCCACCAUCAAGCAGGAGCGUCUCCAGCCCUCCCAACACUCUGCAGCACACAUUUCAGCGCUCCAUGUCGCAGCCGGGAGAUGAGGACAGCUCUUCAGUCUGGGGAGGGUCAAAUGUGUCAAAUUCGGGCACCCCCUCGUGGCCAGCAGGUGGCAGUAGUGUUUGGGACAUAGAUCCGCCACAGGACCAACCAUCCAUUGAAGAACUUCAGAGACAGGAACAAGAAAGGGAGAAGGAGGCCCAACUCCAGAGACAACAAGAAGAGGAGCGUCAGCGCCAGGAGGAGGCGGCACGCCAGCAGGCGGAGGCCAUGAGACAGGAAGAGGCGCGACGCCAGGAAGAGGCUCGCAGGCAAGAGGAGCUGAAGAGGCAGGAGGAGGCACGGAGGCUGGAAGAGCUGAGGCAGCAGGAAGAACUGAGGAUUCAAGAAGAGGCGAGGAGGAAGGAGGAAGAGAGACAGCUCGAAUUAAAAAGGCAGCAAGAAGAGUUACGACAGAAGCAGGAAGAGGAAGAAAGGAGGAAACAGGAGUUACAGCGACAGAAAGAACAGAAGGAGUUUGAAUUGGAGAGACAGAGGCAGUUUGAGAUACAGAGGAGACAGGAGGUUCAGAGACAGCAGGAGUAUCAGCGUCAGCAGCAGGCUCAGCAGGAAGCAUUGAGGAGACUGCAGCAGCAACAACAGGAACAGCUGGCCAACAUCCAGUUACCUACCACUGCUAACUGGGCCGCCAGUGCUCCCUCUGCUAACACUCAGAAUAAUUCCCUGUCGCUGGCUGAAAUACAAAAAAUUCAGGAGGAGAAGGAGAUGGAGGAGCAUCAGCGCCAGGCAGAGCUCCACAGGCAGCAGAUGCAGGCCAUUCACGCCCAGCAGCAACAGCAGAAGUCCUGGGGCCCGCAGCCAACUGGACGCCCAGUGACCGCCAAGUCUCUCCUAGAGAUACAACAGGAACAGGAGCAACAGCUGCAGAAAGAUAAGAAGAAGAACAGGCAGCAGCAGCAACAGAAGCAGUCCUCCAGUAUUCCCCUGGCUACUGCAGCUGUGUGGGGCAGUACCCCAACCUCGUCACACUGGGCGUCAGAGGGAGCCUGGGGAAACCAGAAAGGAAUGGGCUUCUGGGACGACGCCAUGGCUGCACCCAGCAAUAAAAAAACUUCCAAUAAUACCAACAAUGCUUUCCCUGUCCUGGGAGGCGGGGGAGGACACAGCGCUGCCACUGGUGCUGCAGGAACGCACAAGAAGUCCAGCUCCAGAGCUAAGAAGGACGAGGAAGCUGUACAGAGAUUAUUCCAAGCUUCAAGGAAGCCAGCUGAUGAGUUUACCCAGUGGUGUACAGGGGUACUAGAAAAUAUGCACACUUCAGUUGAUAUUCCCACAUUUGUGACGUUCAUGCAAGAUGUGGAGUCUCCUUACGAGGUUCAUGAUUACAUUAAGUCUUACUUUGGAGACAACCAGGAAUCGAGGAAUUUUGCAAAAGAAUUCUUGGAGCGCAGAAGCAAGUACAGAAAUCAAAAUAAACCACAGCAGCCAGAGGACAACAUCUUUGCCCCCGCUGUGGCCAUCAACCCAAGUCAACCCAGUCGGCUGAACUCAGAAACAGAAGCACAGAAAUCCAACAAGAAAAACAAGAAGAAGAAGAUGCAGAAACUGGAUGCCAGCAUCCUUGGCUUCACUGUUCACGCAGCUCCGGAUCGCGUCAACAUCGGCGAGAUUGAUAAGAUUGAUUGACUGAAAGUGCACAGACACGAUGGGACUAUUUCAAAUGAAUGCGCGUUGUGACUUGAGCUUGACCUGGGAUUCCUCCUACAUUGUAUCUCCUGUGUAAUUACUGGUCUGUGUGGGCAGGGGGCGCUACUGCUGACACUGCCUAAUAUUGUCCAUGCACAGACAUCUGGAGGGGUCGGACUUGCUGCCUUCUGCAUAUCUUUAAAGAGCAGAGAAGGAAAACUGCAACAACAGUCAGCCUGUGGGAGUGGUUUAAUGUUGUCUGUCAAUCACAUUCUCCAUAUAAGGAAUGGGCUCGCUCUGAUUGGCUGGACCUUGGAUCGUGUGUCAUUAGCUAAUGAGAAGUGUGAAAUUGCAUAGCAACAUGUUUUGUAUUAAGAGGCAUAUGGCUGCCUAGAUUAUGUCAGUCAUAUGUAUGGUAAGGUUGCCUAGCUCAAUGGCUGUCAACAAAGUUGUCCAUUACACGCAGGAGAAGGCAGACUUGAUAGAAAACGGAAGAAAUUGGUAAAUGAUUGUCCACUAGAAAAUGCGGCGAAAUCUUAGAUUGUGUUUGCUCAGUAUUAGAAAAAUUUGGGGGGAAGUUACUUUUGAGAACUAAAACUAUAAAAGAAAAAGUCAAUGUGAGCAACAAAGUAUCGUCAUUUUAUAAGUUCAUUCAGUGGCUUGCACCGAAACAUUGUCAUUACCAUUGUCAUCGUCAUUGUCACGGUUAUUUAUCAUUGUCAUCAUCAUUGUUAUUGAUCAUCUUGCAUUCAAUCAUUGUUCCAACCUGGGAUUUGGGGUUCAUCACUGACUUUGCCAUUUUGCCAUUUUGACUUUGCCAUUACAAACAUAAGUGAAUGGAGGACUGCAUGCUGAAAACUGGGUACUCUGUAACAGGAGAGAUCUUGAUGAUCUUUUAUUUACAACUCUUCCAUAAAAAUAACUGAAUCAGCAGAGAGUUUGGUCUUAGUGAGAAUUUUUUAAGCUAUGUGAACAGUGAAGCAGAUUUUCCUGAAUUUUCACUGCAAAUAAGAUCUUGAUUUAAAUAAAUUUGAAUAGAGUUGGUAUGGUGCCACAACAAUUGAAUAUUUUAUUAGGACUACAGUUGUAUUAUAUUCUGGAACAAAAAUUGGACUGUUAAAUCCUUAGUCAGUCCUUGCCAAGUUGUGUAACAUCUGUUAUUGCUCUUUCAUUUCAUGUCUGCUGUUUUAUUACUUAAGGGCACAAAAAUAUGAACACGUUAUGGCUCAUUGAUUUCGGUUAGAAUAUAAAACAAAUGAACAUGGCUAGUCCAGCAUAUAGUGUAGUUCAAAAUAACUGGUGUCCUAGCAGACAUGCUGCAACCAAAAACAGAGUAAAGACAGACUUCUUUGGAGAUUUUUAUCCACCUAUAUUACAGGUUACUAUUUCAGCAGAACUGUGAAGUUGCGCCAAGAACGGGAAUAGCUUCUCUCUCACUUCAUCUGUAAUACUUAUAUCGGCGCAUUGGCAUGUUCAAGAUAAUAGAAACUGUAAAAAUGCUGUUCUUUGUUCACUGACCACCACAGAAAGCAUGCCUUGCAUUCUACUUGACUUGUUUUGUCUCUCCUAUAUAUACAUAAAUUGAAUUUUGGAAAAUAAACUUAAAU